AUGUCGCGCGAUGAGGUUUUCGCGCACCUGCAAAAUCACACGAUUCUACAUCUUGGUGGCAUGCACUUCACCGGUCUCACUUUGCUGGCCGAAGCCGUGAGUCAAAGUAGCGACGUCGCCGGGAUGCGGCAUCAAGAGGGCUCCGACCGGCGCAAGGCGCAUUGGGUGAGCGACAUCUCCAAUGAUGGCAUCUUCCUUCAGAGUGUCUAUCCGAAGUUCGGAUUAGAUCACAAGCAGUUCUUUUUCCGGAAGUGGAUCAGCAAGUACGCCAAGAAGAUCUUUCCGCAGUCUAUGGUGGAGAAGUCCAACUGGAUGACGCUGCGGGACGGUAUAGGCCGCUUUGCUUUGCACCCGGAUCAUCGAGUGAACGAGCGCUCAUCUCUGGUGGAGCCGAGAGCGCAGGUUCACCUCUUCAGCGAGUGGGCGCUGUUUUGGGAUCUGGGCAAGAAGGUUCUCUUGGAGAAGUCGCAUUCCAAUCUCGUGGCCUCCCCCUUCCUCCACAGCCUCUGGGGCCUGGAUCGAACGUCGAGCCCGGCGCGCUUCCUCUUCCUGCAGCGGCAUCCGCUGGCGGGGCGUUGCGAUGGGGGGUUGGUUCUAGGGUUUUCAGGGUUCAUGUUUUUUUUGGGGUUGUAUUUAGGGUUUUGUGGGUUUAGGGCUUUGCAAUGCGCUCUCCUACGGCAGCUCUAG